AUGAGCUCCAUCAAGCGUCAACAGGACGUAGUCACGAGAGAUCCCUUGAGCUCACGUGGGACAAAGGAUAAGGAAGUACAUCAUGAAAGGAGAAGUGAAGCUGUUGCCAACAUCAACGAGAAAAUUGCUCCUGCUCUCAUUGCUAAGAACUUCUGCGUCACACAGCAACGAGAUAUCGACCAGUUCAUGCUAGCUCUUGAUGGAACAGAGAACAAGUCUAAUCUUGGGGCUAAUGCCAUCCUUGGUGUUUCUCUUGCUGUUGCCAAGGCUGGAGCUGUUCAUAAGGGCAUGCCACUUUACAAGUACCUCGCCGAACUAGCCGGCGUCAGCAAGGUUAUUCUGCCUGUUCCUGCUUUCAACGUUAUUAAUGGAGGUUCCCAUGCUGGAAACAAGCUUGCUAUGCAGGAGUUCAUGAUCUUGCCAGUUGGUGCCUCAAGUUUCCACGAAGCCAUGAGGAUGGGAUCAGAAGUGUAUCAUCACCUCAAGGCUGAGAUCAAGAAGAGAUACGGUCUUGAUGCCACUGCCGUGGGAGACGAGGGUGGCUUCGCCCCUAACAUUCAAGACAAUAAGGAGGGUCUCGAUCUCCUUAAGACUGCCAUUGACCUAGCCGGAUACACAGGAAAGAUUUCGAUAGGUAUGGAUGUCGCCGCCUCCGAAUUCUUCAAGGAAGGAAAGUACGACUUGGACUUCA